AGUUCAGUCAAGUAGCCUAGGCUAUUUGUCGGUUUCAGGAAAUGACCGAUUAUCAGGAAGUAGUUUAGAACGAGUUUUGUUAUGUUCUAAGUAGCGCGUAAUACCAACAACCACACCAGGCAUCGCAAAAUAAGGAAAUAGCUGGCAUCUUAAAGUAGGCUAUUAAAUCUUACAAUUUAUACUAAACUGUAUGUCUGAAGGUGUAGGUUAGGCUACUUCAUCGCCGUGUGAGAAAGAAAGCGGGAGGAGCUAAAAUCCAAGGGGACAGAGAUGAGUCGUGGUCCCACUCUUCAACCCCAGGCAUAUGGGUCUUGGGAGCUGAAGGAACGUUUGGGUACUGGAGGGUUCGGCAAUGUCACACGCUGGCAAAAUAAGGACACAGAGGAGCAGAUAGCCAUUAAGCAGUGUCGUCAGGAGUUGAGUACAAGGAACAAGGAACGAUGGUGUCUGGAAAUUCAGAUCAUGAAGAGGUUGGCCCAUGAGAAUGUGGUAGCAGCCAAGGAUGUUCCUGAGGCUCUGCACAAACUAGCCACCAAUGACCUGCCCUUACUCGCCAUGGAGUACUGUCAAGGAGGAGACCUCCGCAAGUACUUGAACCUUCAGGAUAACUGCUGUGGGAUGAGGGAGGGCUCCAUCCUCAUCCUACUAAGAGACAUAUCCUCUGCUUUGAUGUACCUCCACAAAAUGAGAAUUAUCCACAGAGACUUGAAGCCUGAGAACAUUGUCCUCCAGCAGGGAGAGAAGAGACUGAUCCAUAAGAUCAUUGAUCUUGGAUAUGCUAAAGAACUCGACCAGAGCAGCCUCUGUACGUCUUUCGUCGGAACACUACAGUACCUGGCUCCGGAGCUGCUAGAGCAGAGGUCUUAUUCAGCCACAGUGGACUACUGGAGCUUUGGGACGUUGGUGUUUGAGUGCAUCACAGGAUUCCGCCCUUUCCUGCCUACAUGGCAGCCUGUGCCUUGGCACACAAAGCUGCAGAUGAAGCAUGACGAUGACAUUGUGGUGUAUGAGGACCUUCAGGGAGACGUGCACUUCUCCAAACACCUGCCACACCCCAACAACGUCAACAAGUUCCUAGCACGUAAGCUGGAGUGCUGGCUGCAGAUGAUGCUGAGGUUGACUCCUGAGGCCAGGGGCCGGGAGAUCCAGGCCCAGAAGGGGCGCAAAGAAGCCCAGAAGGGGCAGAAAGACACCCAGGAGGGGAUCUCGUUCAGUGGAAGCACCUAUUGCUUCGACCAGCUGAAUCUUAUCCUAGAUCUCAAGCUGGUCCAUGUUCUGAACAUGAUCACGGCUGAGAUGCUGACCUACCCCAUCGCCCCCGAAGAGCUGGUGGCCUCCCUGCAGCAGAAGAUCCACAAGGACACCAACAUCGAGCCGGACAAUCAGGAGCUGCUGCUGGAGGCAGGCCUGGCCCUGGAGCCGCACAACGAGGCCGAGCAGUGCGCCGUCGACUACAGCACGAUAGAUGGCUCGAGGUUUGAUGUGCCCUUGGUGUUUCUCUUUGAUCGCUCCAACUGCAGCUAUGAACCUCAAUUCACCCCUCGGCAAUUACCUGACAACAUACGCCUUGUGCAGAAAGAACCGAAGCGGGUGCUGCAGUUUGGCCCUCUGAGGCGAACGUAUGGUCAAGCCUGGAACACCAUCCGCACCCUCAAGGAGGACUGGCAAAGACUGCAGCAGGGACAGAAAGCUGCCAUCAUGAGUCUGUUGCGGCACAAUGGCACGCUGUCCAAGCAGAAGAAUGAGAUGGUGUCCAUGUACCAGCGUCUGAGGGCCACGCUGGAGUUCUUCAACGCCAGCCUGCACAUAGACAUAGACAAGUACAAGGAGCAGAGGUGCACCGGCAUAGCUUCAGAAAAACUCCUCAGCGUGUGGAGAGACAUGGAGCAGACAGCACUCAACUGCAGCCAGACUGAGUUAGUAGUAAAGCUGGAGGAGGAAAUGAUGGCUCUGCAAACAGACAUUGUAGAUCUGCAGAGGCAGCCAUGGAGGAGUGGAGAAGCAUUAGAGUCCCUGGAGGUGAAGGCUAUGGAUCUAUUCAGAAGACUCAGAGAGAGACCACGAGAUCAGCGUUGCCCUGGAGACUGCCAGGAGGUGGUGAAGCUGGUGGUUCAGGCCAUCCAGUUCUACGAGAAGAAGCUCAGAGACUUCUACACACACCUGAGUAAGACGGUGUUGUGUAGGCAGCGUGUGAUGGAGUUGUUGCCGCGGGUGGAGGGGGUGGUGGAGCACAUGGCCCAGUGUGAGGAAGAGCUGCUCCGACUGCAGGAGAGGAGACAGAGGGAGCUGUGGGAGCUACUCAAGGUGGCCUGUAGUAAAGUGCGCAGUCCUGUCAGUGGUAGUCCUGAUGGGGCUCAGACACCCUUGGCAGCCCCUCUACUCCCAGACAGGCCCCCCCUCCCCAGCAGCCUCACAACGCUACCUCAACCUGAGGAAUCUCUUGUCAUGAUUGAGGAGAGCAGGACCUUUGAAAAUCGCCUGCAGAGUCUGAUGCAGGAGGCCAUUCAGGAAACAGAAGAGGACAUGCAGAUGAUGAGGGAAUGGGAGUGGCUGAAAGAUGACAGUCCCCAUACUCUCUGAUUCAGAUUGUGUGUGUGUGUGUGUGUGUGUGUGUGUGUGUGUGUGUGUGUGUGUGUGUGUGUGUGUGUGUGUGUGUGUGUGUGUGUGUGUGUGUGUGUGUGUGUGUGUGUGUGUGUGUGUGUGAGAGAGAGAGAGAGGUACAGAGAGGGAGAAAGAGAUAAGAUACUGCCACCCUGUGGAGACAGAGGGCCAGUGCAGCUGCUGCCCCCUGUAGGUGACUGGUGGAAGCGCUGCUCCUGCACCUCACCUCUCCACAUUCGGACCCCUUUUACUUUGUUUUUAUUUUUAAAAUGUGUGUUUGGGCAUCACGUCAUAAGUGAGCAGCGCUAAUACAAGUGUUAACAAGGACCUAAGUUAAAGUUGACUGAUAUUUAGCAUCAGACUCCUUUAUCCAAAGCGACUCACACUUGCAAUGGAGGGUUCUGGAAUCAAAUCUGGGUUGGCUGCUUGUUAGUCGGUGACGUUUCUCCACCAUGGCCGCAAAAGGAUGCAUUUGAUUAUGUACAUUUUGCUGUGUGAACACAUUCUGAUGCAUUCCUAAAAUUAAUCUUAUUAUGGAUGUGAGGCAGGCAACAGAAGUGGUCAGUAACAUCUCCGGAUGUACAGUACGCCUCAGAAGCUUCCUUUCUUAUUCUAUUGCUGUAAGAAUAGAUGUCAAUGUAAAUGCAGUUAGUUAAAUCUGACUAAACUGCAUUCAAAUCAGGACCACUCCUUUAAUAUGCAAUAAGGAUGUUUUAUGCUUUCUUUAAAUAUAUGUGUCUCUGUGAGGCUUAAAGACUUUAUUUCUUUUACAAUAUAUAAAGGAUUAUAGGGGAUUUAAAUUUCCGAAAAUAGAUGGAAGUUUUGAUGUGUAUUUUGGGUGUACCAUUUUAACAUUUUAAUUUCUUCUUCUUUGGAUAUAUUAUUGGAGAACAACUCAGGUGUCUGUGGGCUGUUAAAAGAUGUGUGAUGUGUGUGUUAGCAGAAUGAUGUAAAAUAAUUGUUGAGUAAUGUGAUUGUACACACCUAAAGAGCUGCUGCUCACCCACACAGAGAAGGGACUGUUUGUGUAAUAAAUGUGUUUUGGAUGAAUGA